AUGUUCCAAGCCCCUCGGCGACUGGGGGUGGCAACGUCCACAGGUAAAGGAUAUUAUUGGGAGUGCACAGGCACAAACCUGCACAAGAGCGGCUUAGAGGAGACUAUAAAAGGUGUUUUAAACAAAGCUGGCUCUAACCCAUUCUGUCAGUACACCGCGGCGGGUACUUGCGGUCAAUACAAUGAUAUAAAGAAAAGAACACAAAGCAGACAUCUGCUGAAAUUGGCGGGUGGAGUGUCUGCACAUUUCUGGACAGCGGGGAGCAUCAUGAACACCGUUGGAUUUGCCAUUCGUAGCUCACUAUUGAAAGCACUUUGUGAAACUCCGUGUGGUAUAUCUCCUUGCCUGAUGAAGUUGCAGCUGGCCUUAGUAGAUGGAAACGCAGCUACUUUUAUCAACUGCUAUGCUCCUAAACUGUGUUCCACGCAAGAGGAAAAGGACUCGUUUUACGAGCAGCUCAGUGACGCUGAUCAAAACAAUGGUUCUUCUAUCAGCGAAACCUGCCAAAAAAUCCACAGAGUUGUUAGGACUAAAAAGCUGGAUGUUGCCAAAUUGGGUGACGACAAAAUCAAGAAAUCAUUUCGUCGUUUUUUGGACACAGCACUGGCUACGCCGCAGCAUUUGAAACAAAUAGCAGCCGACCUGAACACUCUACUGAAUCAGAUCAAGCCAGCUGUUGAGACCAGCAAAUCUAAUAAUAUUUUUGGUUUAUCAAACAAUACAUCACUGCCAAUAACCCAGAGCAAUCCAUGGGCAACAAAUGGCACAAAGAAACCAAGCAAUCAGCUUUCAGAGGCAGAGCAGUGGUUGAAUUCAACAGCCAGUCAUAUUGAUCCGUUCGCUGCAGCUCCUAAUGUUUUAGGAUUGAAGAAUCAACAACUUCAACAACAACAGCAACAGCUUUUGAUGAACCAACCUCAGCAGUUGCUGGCUCAGAACUUGGCACAACAGCAGUUACUUCAACAGCAACGACAAUUAUUAGCAUCGUUGUCUAACAGUACUUCACUUGAACAACCAGUGACUGGAUUUCAAACAACAUCACUCAGUACAACAGGCAGUGAUAUCCCACUGCAGCAACCUUCAAAAUCAUUCCAAAACCAUCAACCGAACCAACAAUCGCUGUCAACUCAAUUACAAUUGCUUCAAUUGCAGCAGACUUUACAACAACAAAAGAUGCAGCAGCAACAACAACCACAACUUAAGCAGACUCUGCAACAGUUACAGCAAACAUUGCAAAAACAAUUGCAACAAUCACCCACAAAAUUAUUGCAGCAGUCAAAACAGCAAAAACCUUUUCAGCAACCUCUAAAUAAUUUGACUCUUCAGCAGCAACUCCAACAACAACAGCUAGUACAAAUUCAACAGCAGCUACAACAGCAAAUUCAACUGCAGGAAUUGAAACAGUUGGAGUUACAGUUGCAGUUGCAACAGCAACAGAAAUGUAAACUUGGAGGUCUGAAUCAAAGUAACAACCACAACUCAGAGGAGGACGACCAAUCCAGCGACGACAUCGUGCUACAAAUUCAACAAAAUCAAACCAGUUUGGAGAUGAAUAGAAAGCAGUUGCUGAGCAACCUGCAACAGCAACUACUUUUAAGUAAUGGCUCUUCGUAA